AUGUCAGACCCGCGCACCUUGAGAAACCAACGUACUUCGCCCUCGGGGUCGUAUGCCCCCGCCAACGUCUCCUGCCCCAUGACCACCGGAUUCCUCCGACCCGCCUCGGGCUUGUCGCCGAAUGAGACGGAGUGGUUGCAGCUUCGUCGUCAGAAUGUGCAGGAGCCGUUGGAGAACCUCUUGAGCGUCUUGGCACAGAACUCGUCUUCGAUCAACACCACCGCGCUCGCCGAGAACUCGACCAUCGGUCUCGCGUUUUCAGGAGGUGGAUACCGCGCCAUGAUCGUCGGUGGUGGAUUCCUCUCCGCCAUGGACUCGCGUACACCCGGCCAGAACUCCUCGAACCCAAUGAGUGGCAUCAUGCAAGCUGCCUCCUACAUCGUCGGUCUCUCCGGAGGCAACUGGCUCGUCGGUGGUCUCGCAAUCAACAACUUCCCCACGAUCGAAGAGCAGUGGCACACCGUCUGGGACCUCGAGACGAACCUGGUUAACCCCUCUGGUAUCGUGGAUAAGGCCCAGUUUUACUAUGACCUCAUUGAUGAGGUUAAUCAGAAAUCAGAUGCUGGGUUCGAGACGACCAUUACGGAUUACUGGGGUCGUGCGUUGAGUAGGCAUCUGGUCAAUACGACGGAUGGUGGGCCCGCGAUUACGUUCUCGGAUAUCCGGAAUCGGACGUUGUUCGCUAAUGGAAGCAUGCCGUUCCCGAUCUCUUUGGCUGAUGGACGUGCACCUGGUGAGACGGCCAUCGCUGUAAACACCUCCACGUUCGAGUUCAACCCCUUCGAGAUGGGUUCUUGGGAUAAUGACAUCGCCGCGUUCACCCCGAUUCAGUACCUAGGUACCUCCCUUAACAACGGUUCCCUUAUCUACGGUGACGGGUCCUGUAUCGAGGGUUUCGACAACGCUGGUUUCGUGAUGGGAACUUCCUCAUCCCUCUUCAACGCCGCCCUCUUGCAAAUCAACGGCUCGGACACCUCCAUCCUCACCGAUGCCGCCGAAGCCAUCCUCUCCCGCAUCUCUGCGGAUGAGGAAGACAUCGCAGCCUACCCCAACCCAUUCUACGGCUGGAAAAACUCCACGAACUUGUCUUACAACUCCACGCGUCUCACUCUCGUUGAUGGUGGAGAGGAUAACCAGAAUAUCCCUUUCUUGCCGCUCUUGCAGCCGGAGAGGAAUGUGGAUGUUAUCUUUGCGGUUGAUGCAAGUGCUGAUACGGCGCAUUCUUGGCCGAAUGGGAGUUCGUUGGUUAACACGUAUCGUCGGCUUACGGUUGCGAACCCGAUGAAUGAUUUGGCGUUCCCCUACGUUCCGGACUACAAUACCUUCAUCAACCUCGGGCUCAACGUUCGUCCUACCUUCUUCGGAUGCAACUCUUCCAACUUGACGACGGAGGGUACGGGUCCGUUGGUUGUCUACCUUCCCAACGCACCCUACACUGCUUAUUCCAACACCUCAACUUUUAUGUUAGAGUACCAGAACGACCAAGUCGCCGACAUUCUUACGAACGCCUACAACGUCGCUUCCCGCGCGAACUCCACACUCGACUCGGAGUGGAACGUCUGUCUCGCCUGUGCCAUCGCGCAGCGUUCAGCCGAACGUCAGUCGAUCGAUAUCUCCUCUGCCUGCUCCGGGUGUUUCGACAGGUACUGCUGGGAUGGAUCCCUCAACGCGACUGAGCCCACUGAGGCCGAGUUGACACCGACUUUGAUGAUUGGGGAGUAG